UGCUAACUGGAGAAACUGGAGGAACAGGGGGAGGGACACUGGUUGGUCACUGUCGGUGGACGACGACUUGUUGAUUCACAUUUCUGUAAAUAAAAGGAAUAUUAGUUAUGACCUUAAAGAUAGAGAAACGAUGAAGUUGUGUUUGCUGCUUAUCUUCUGUCGUAGUUUAUUUGCAGUGAAACAUUCACUGAAGUAUUUUGUCACUGGAUCCUCUGGAGUCCCAAACAUCCCAGAGUUUAUGGGUGCAGUGGUGUUUAACGGCAUCCAGGCGGGUUACUGUGACAGCAACAACAUGACAUUAAAACCAAAACAGGACUGGGCGAAGAAAAUAUUACAAACCAAUCAUCAGCACAAGGAGUGGUACAAUCACAUGUGUUUCAAGGAACAGCCAAACUUCUUCAAAAACAUGAUUUCUAAUUUGAAGCAAUUCACCAAAAGUGAAGGUGUCCAUGUUUUACAGAGGAUAGGCGGCUGUGAACGUGAUGAAAACACUGGUGAGGUGACUGGCUUAGUACACUUUGGUUAUAACGCAGAAGACUUUCUUGAAUUCAGUCUGGAGACACUGACAUGGAUCGCACUGAAACUGGUAUUUCUGUCCAGCGUGUCUCUGUUUGAUGACCAGAGGAGAUGGACCAUUUACCAACAGCACUCCCAAACUGAUUAAACUAAUUCAUAUCA